AUGUAUUCCGCCAAUCAAUUCGUCUAUACCCGCGAACGACGCCGCUUUGGGCGCCAAUGUCUGUUCAGUGAUCGCAACCAACUAAUGCUGAGCAUUAAUCCCAGCAAAAGGCAGAGAUGUCAGUUCGUAUUACGCAAUCCGGUACACCAGGCCACCCAGCUGGGUCGCCAGCUGGCCUAUACCAUAAUGGAAACGGAAAAUGUUACCCUUGCCGAACAUGGUAUGUAUCAUUAUGAGGGAGGCUGGCCCAAGGAGGUCAACAUCAAAGAUGAAGAGUCCACCCUGAGGCAUCGUAAAAAAAUCGAACGUGAUGAUAAUUGGGGUGGCCAGGUGAUCGGUUUGAUACACCAUGCCGUCGAUGUGGCCGAAGAGAAUACCACGAUGAAUAUUUAUCAGGAUUUUUUUGUGGAUUUGACCACCGAAUCGGGUGGCGGUGGUGGAGAGGAUAUCAAAUCCGCCUUUGAGUCAAGGCAAAAAAAUAUUUUCCAUGAUCCAGAAAUAAUACGGCGUCCGGUUUCGGUGCUCGAUUGGACGCCAAAUGAUGUGAGGCGUUAUUUGGUCUUACAUACAAAUAUACCCUUGGAGAGACCCCUGCCAGGAGAGGAGGCUAAUAAAAAGGAGCUGGUUCGCAAAGAGGAGAAAAAGAAAAUAACUUUACUAACCCCCCUGGUUAAGCAGGAACCGGUGUUGAACACCAAUGAUUUUUACAUCUGGAACCUGGAGAAUCCUCUGAAACCCAUGAUCACCUUUAAUUCCGAUGAUAAGGUCUUGAAGAGCCUCUAUUGUCCCAAAGAUGAAAAUUGGAUUGCCGGAGGCUUGCAAUCGGGUAAAAUAUGCCUUUGGAAUUCGAAAAUGGGGGGCCAGCCGGUCAGCCUAUGUCCCUUGGAAGCUGCUCACCGUGAACCGGUGGCAACCUUAUGCUGGGUUCACUCCAAAACCAAUACCGAAUUCUAUACCGGCUCCUAUGAUGGUUCGGUGAAAUAUUGGGAUGGUCGAAAUUUGGAUAAUCCCCUGCAAGAAUUACUUAUGGACCCGGAAAUGACUGAUGACCAAGUCAGGUCGCGAUCGCAUGGUGUCACAGUAAUGGAAUUUGAAUAUACCAUACCGAUCCGCUUCAUUGUGGCCAGCGAUAUGGGCAGCAUUUUCAUUGGCAAUCGUAAGGGUAUGACACCGAUGGAAACCCUGGCUGCGGGGAAUUAUCGUUUAUUUCAUGGACCCAUACGCAGCGUGGAAAGGAAUCCAUUUUUUGUUAAGAAUUUCCUGAUAACUGGAGAUUGGUGUGCCAAGAUUUGGGCUGAGGAAUGCAAAGGGUCUCCGCUGACAUUUUUGGUGAAGAAGCGUCAUCAGAUUUUAUGCGGCAGUUGGAGUACGGCUCGAUGUUCUUUGUUUGUUACUGGGGAUAUCGAAGGGGAAUUGGAUUUCUGGGAUAUGUUGCUGAGUCAAAGGCUGCCGAUAUUUAGUGUGAAAUUUUCCUCGAGGGUGUUGAGUGUACGAUUCCGUUCCGAUGGAGAAUUUCUGGCUGUGGGUUUGGGUAAUGGUGAUAUACAAAUUUUGGAAAUGGAUAAGGCCAUGAAACAUAGUACCAGCAAGGAUAAGGCUCUGAUGGUGGCGAUGUUCGAACGUGAACAAUUACGCUGUAAACUGCUCGAGGGUCGCGUCGAAGAAAUCAAAUUAAGACAUCGCCUCACCGCAGCCGAUUUGGAACGGAAAACUUUACUUGAAAUGCAACAACAAACUACCAUGGAACCCUUGGAUCCCGAUAAUCCCGAUGAAUUUCUACGCCUGAUAACAUCCGAUGAAGAAUUUCGAAAUGUCCUUAAUAGCUUUCAAGAUUAUGUACUAAAAGUAGAUAGAAAACGUCAGUUGCGGGAAUGCAUUAUGGAGGUAACAGAUUUUGAAGUGGAAUAUACCGUACCGAGUAUUGAAAAAAUCUCCAACACCCCAAGGCCCAGUGAUAUCGAUGAGGAUGUUAGCUAA